AGUACCCUCGCGAGUUUCGCGGUGUUCGAGUUUAGCGAUCCGCGAGUUUCGCGCUCAGUCCUAAAUUCUUACCAUCUCGAGUUUAGCGCAUUAUUUUCCCGAGUUUCGCGCUGUUUCGACAAGUAUCAAACGCGUUUACGUGUGGCGUCACGCAUGAUGCCUCGACUCCCUCAGUUGGCUGGCGGUGUUGACUACGUGCAUACGUGUCCUUGCCCUCUUCCACUAGCCUCUUGAUAUUUCUCCGCGAGUUUGCUGUGAUGUCUGAGGACAGAGGAGGCACUGCAGCAUGUGGCUCAAAGAAACCAAUUUCGGUAAAAGGAAGCAGGCCAGAGAGGCAAGGUAAAAAGAAGAGACUGUUAAGCAUGAAAGAAAAGGGGGAAGUGUUGAAAAAGCUUGAUACUGGAAUGGGACCUGUUGCCGUUGGGAACUUUUUCAACAUUAGUGAAUCUACUGUAAGAGGAAUAAGAGCAAAACGUAUUGAAAUACAACGUUUCCUGAAAGAUGCCCGGGGGAGCUCUGUGAUUGAAGUUGCUCACAUCACGCAUCCUACAAGCAAGUUGAUGGUGACAACAGAACACUAUCUGAAGAAAUAUAUUGAAGACAAAAAUGAUCGAAAUGUCUGCAUAUCUUCUGCUAAGGCAAGAGAGAAGGCAAGAGAAAUAUAUGCGGCAGUAGCACGUAAGUUAACCAUUGAUAAUCCUCCACCUUUCUCUGCUAGCAGUGGUUGGUUCUCAAGGUUUAAGAAAAGACACUCGCUCAAAAGGGCACGAUGUCUGGGUGAAGCAGCAGACGCACCUACACAUGAGGUGGAAAGCUUCACUGAUGUCUUGAAACAGCUGAUCGAGGGCGGCGGUUACGAUCUUCGUCAAAUAUUCAAUGCAGAUGAAACUGGUUUUCACUGGAAACAGCAGCCAAGAUCAACCAUAAUCGCCAAACAAAAGAAGCCUAGAGGGCACAAGGAAAGUAAACAGCGUUUCAGUGUUCUCUUUACGGUCAAUGCAACUGGUGACUGUAAACUGAAGCCACUUGUUCUCUACACCGCUGCUCGCCCUCGACCUUAUCGUCACAAGGACAUGAAAAAUCUAAAUGUGCACUGGGUCUCCAACAAGAAAGGGUACAUGACAACUGUUACCUUCUUAGAUUGGUUCGAUAACCACUUCAUACCCGAAGGAAAGGAAUACUGCGAGAGGAACAAUCUAGCCUUCAAGCUCAUGCUUCUGCUGGACAACGCACCCGGGCAUCCAACGUUUCUGAGAGGCCGUCAUCCUAACUGCGAGGUCGUGUUCCUUCCCCCUAACACAACCUCCAUAAUACAGCCCUUGGAUCAAGAAAUAAUCGCCAAUGUCAAGCUAGAAUUCUACAGGAGAACUUGGAAGAAGCUUGAAGAAGCACUGGACACUGAUGAUAUCCUUCUGCAAGUGGAGGAGGAGAUUGACGAGCCAGACCAGCAGACAGGCGACCCUUCAGCAGAGCUGCAAGUGGAGGAGGAGAUUGACGAGCCAGACAAGCAGACAGGCGACCCUUCAGCAGAGAGACAGCUGCAGGUGGAUGAUGUGCACGUGAGUGAUGAGCCAUACGGCCAGACAGGUGUUCAUCCACAAGCAGAGGUAUGUAUGUUUGUGCGUACGUCUGGCAACGCUACUCAUGCCCCCUUCAUUACAACCUAUGACAUCGUACGUUUUUUUUUUUUUAACACUUCUUGUUGUUUAGGUUGACCCAUCAGAGUUUAUUUUUCAUGUAUUUCAGUCAGCCAUGCCACUGACCACUGCAGAGGUUGGGGCCCCACACCACUCACAGACAGUGCAGCACACACCUGAUACAACAUUCCAAGCAGCGCCGCCAGGCAGACCCAAGCAGAUUAUGACUGCACAGACUUUCUUUUGUAAUUUUAAUAUCAAGAAAGCAGUGGACUUAAUGGUAGAAUGCUGGCACUUUGUCAAUAUUGCAACGGUGAAGCAUGGAUGGAGGAAGGUUCUCCCGUGGGUGAAGACAGAAAUGAGCGGCGGUGACAGGCAGCGCGUAGCGGCCGCUAUGGACACGUUGCUUCAGGUGGCUAAAACGUUACCCAUCACGGGGUAUGAGAAUGUCAGUGUUGCUGAUAUGGAAGUUCUCAUUGAUGGAGGAGUCGCUGAACGUAGUGCAGAAGACAUGAUUGAUGAUGAGGAGGCUGAUGAUGAGGAGGAGGAAGAAAAAGAGAAGAAAGAUGAGCCAACAGUUCAGCAGUUAACAGAAAUAUUUGCAAUAACAG